AUGAUUUCCCCCUUCAUCCCAUUUUUAGCACUUCUACCCGCCGUAACCAACACCACUACUCCUCCAAGACCGCAUCAAAGACCACUAAAUUUAAAUUCCAAGCCCACCAACAACCAACACACCAAUUUCAUCUCCUCUUCCAUAUUUAGCCCAUACGAAAACAAGCUCUCAGUAAGGGAAAUAGACGAACCAGUUGGACUUAAACCAACAUACGAAUGGCGAACUUUCGCCGAUGACAACGACCUCGAUGAUAUAAUAUCCAACUCAGGUGGAACAUUUGCGCAUCUACCUGCUAUAGAUUGUUUCAAUCAGGAGAGCGAUGCAUCAUUCGACGUGGCGAUUGUCGGUCACCCCUUUGAUCUCGGGGUUACGUAUCGGCCCGGAGCCAGAUUUGGUCCCAGUGCUGCACGGCAGGGGGCUCGAAGGAUGUCGCCGACUGUUGAUACGGGUGUGAAUCCUUUCCGUGACUGGGCUACUGUGGUUGAUUGUGGAGAUAUCUCGAAUACGCCUUUUGAUAAGCAUCUUGCAUUGAAACAGCUCGAGAAUGGUAUGAAAGCAAUCAAUUCACGAAGGCCAAAGAAUGCCACCGAUGGAAAAGCUAUCAGGGUCAUUAGCAUAGGUGGUGAUCAUACCAUCACAUUACCCAUCCUUCGAGCCCUCCACUCAACAUGGGGACGCGUCGCCGUCUUACACUUCGACUCGCAUCUUGACACAUGGGACCCUGUGCAGCUCGGUGGAGGCCUAUCCAAAUACACCGAUGUCAACCACGGAACCAUGUUACACAUUGCACACGAAGAGGGACUCUUGUCAAAUCAUAGUAAUAUGCAUCUGGGAACACGAUGUCCACUUCGGGAUCAGCAUUUUGACUUAGAUAAUGAUCUCCGAUGUGGUUUUAAAUACGUUCGAGCGAGAGAGCUUGAUAAGCUUGGUAUUGAAGAGGUGGUUCGAAGGAUUGUUGAGACUGUCGGUGAUGAGUAUGUCUAUUUGAGUGUAGAUAUUGAUGUGUUAGAUCCAGCUUUCGCACCUGCCACUGGAACAAUUGAACCUGGUGGAUGGACGACAAGAGAGCUUUUACAAAUUAUCGGUGGGCUAUCAAGAGCAGGAUUGAAGAUCGUAGGAUCAGAUGUUGUGGAAUUUACUCCAGUGUAUGAUAAUACUGCCGAGACUACGGGCAUCGUCGUUGGGGAGAUAAUCUAUGAAAUUCUUCAAUGGAUGGUGCAUGUCCCAGUCACCCCUAGGGAGUAUCAAGAUUUAUAA